GCUCCCCGCACCCCCACCCGGCUCCCAGCCCCUCUUGGCCCUUGCACCUCUCCCUCUCCUCCCCCUCUCACUACUCCCCUUGGGGGCCGGCCUCCGAGCAUUGUACUCACAUCCGGGGGUUGCGUUUUGCUUUAGUGCUAAGCGUAAUUAACCCGGAAAAAAGGGCCGAGAGACCAGAGAGGGGGAGGGGGAAGGAGGAGAAGAGACUGAGAUACAGAAAGAGACAGAAACAUUGACAGUUCUAGGGACCGAGAGAGAUUGGCCGGGAGAUAGAGAGUUGGCCAGGGAGAGGGGAGAAGAGCCAAUUGGCAAACCCCGAUGUGAAGCAGCCGGAGACUCCCGGGCCCCCUGCGCAGCGGGGGUGAUGUGAGCAGGGCACAGGAAUGCCUUAUGUGGAUCGGCAGAAUCGAAUUUGUGGGUUCUUGGACAUUGAGGACAAUGAGACCAGUGGCAAGUUCCUGCGGAGAUACUUUAUCCUGGACACCCAGGCUAACUGCCUCCUUUGGUACAUGGACAAUCCUCAGAACCUGGCAAUUGGAGCAGGAGCUGUUGGAUAUUUGCCAUUGACCUACAUCUCCAAGGUGAAUGUCGCCACUCCAAAACAGAAACCAAAAACUCCAUUUUGCUUUGUUAUCAAUGCCCUUUCCCAGCGUUAUUUCCUGCAAGCCAAUGACCAGAAAGACCUGAAGGAUUGGGUAGAGGCACUGAACCAAGCCAGCAAGAUCACCGUGCCCAAAGUGGGGAGCCUGCCCCUGGCUACUGAGGUUACUAAGAGCCCAGCAGUUCCUCCGCCUCUAGAAAAAAAGCAACAGGUGGCAUAUAAGACAGAGAUCAUUGGUGGGGUUGUGGUACACACACCCAUCAACCAGAAUGGCGGGGAUGGGACGGAUGCAGGUGGGCAAGGGCACCACGCUAUUCUGCGAAGGUCUCAAAGCUACAUCCCUACUUCAGGCUGCCGAGCCUCAGCUGGGCCACCCCUCCUUAAGAGUGGCUACUGUGUGAAACAGGGGAAUGUGAGAAAGAACUGGAAACGUCGUUUCUUUGCUCUUGAUGAUUUCUCCCUUUCCUACUUCAAGUGUGAACAGGACAGGGAGCCUCUGCGAACCAUCCUUCUGAAAGAUGUACUCAAGACUCAUGAGUGUCUUGUCAAAUCUGGAGAUCUCUUGAUGAGAGACAACCUGUUUGAAAUAAUAACAAGCUCCCGGACCUUCUAUAUUCAGGCUGACAGCCCAGAAGACAUGCACAGCUGGAUCAAGGAGAUUGGUGCAGCUGUCCAGGCUCUCAAGUGCCAUCCUAAAGAAAUGUCCUUCUCCAGAUCAGUGUCCUUGUCCCGGCCUGGAAGCUCCAAUUUCUCAGGUGUGCUCAACCCCAGCUCCUGCAGAGGGAGGCCCCCUGGGGAAGAGAAGAAAGCUCCUUGCAAAGCCCCCUUCGUUGCUUCGUCCUGGCAGCCCUGGACGCCUGUCCCGCAGGCAGAUGACAAGGUGCUUCUGCAUGAAGAGACUCCCGGGGGCUCCCCGUUCAUGUCCAGACUCGGGGACGGCGAUGCCGCCAUGCUGUCCAGUUCUCGGGUCCGGCAUCGCUCGGAGCCCCAGCACCCCAAAGAGAAACCAUUUAUGUACAACCUGGACGACGAGCACAUAAGGACCUCCGAUGUGUAACGAGGCACAGCACAAGGUUCUUUGGCUUGAGGGACAGCGGUGUGACGGUCCUGGUGCUGGGAGGGCAGACCCCGAGUUCUUGUCCAGGACAGUUUGUAAUUGUUGAGCUCCUGAAACAAGGGACCAGCGGCCUCGUGGCCCCGCUCAGCGCCGCCAGGAGUGGACGCACGCCUGGAGCAUCCCCCAGACUUUCUGUUCUUUUGGCGCUCACCAGUUCCCAGUUCUGAGAGAAGCAGAGACUUUGAACGUCUAUGGGCUGACUUUACCUCUAACGAAGCUUUAUUUCUGUGUGCUUCCUCCCCUCCCCCCAAAAGAAACUUUCCUCGGCCACCCAAUGUGAUUGUUAUUCUUCCUCUGGUCAAGGUCUGACAGUGCAAAGGUAUAAGGGAUGAUGUGGGCCAGCCCAUGUGAAAACAGUUAGUGGGGCCUGGGGAAGGAUCAAGGUUUCUUCCCGGCACUGUUGGUUUUUUCUUGGAUUUUUCAUCAUUUCCCCACGCUAUCCUGCGCUUCUGCUAAGAACAGUCUGUUUGGGUGGUAAUGCUAAUUUUGCCCAAAAUUCCGUGUUUUUUCUUCAGGUUAUAGAUAUGGAAAGUUUCCCCUGGAGGGCUGACAAAGGAAGGAGGGAUAUGAAUCGCAGCUCAGUCACAGAGCACAACUGCAUUGUCUUUUACAUCCUUUCUGAAAUAUGAAAUGGCCAAAUACUGUGAAGUCCUAAGACAGGAGAGGGAGCCCCCUUUCCUAGGGCCGUGCCAAGCCCCCAGGAAGGUGUUAAGUGCCAUUUGUUGUUCUGCUGAGUGUUGCUUCCAGAGUGAUAAGAUAUUUGAGAAGAUUGACGAGUGUAUGAUGAUUCCAUGGCGCGGUGUGUCAGAGCUCUCCAUUGGGAAAUAAGUGCUGGGCCUGCUGUGGGAAAGGGGGAAAGGGUCAGUCAGCCAAGUGGUCUUCUUUCUGUCCCUAUUUUCCAGUCGGUAUAUUUUGUCUUGUCAAAGGUGAAAAACUACCUUUAGCAAAGAAGAGCCAGCCUCCGUCCUUGCUAAUUAUUUCUUAGUCAAAAAGAGAUUAGUUUGGAGGUAAGACCAGACCACCAUAAUUACUAUAUACUGUGUUCCAGUUGACCAACUUUUUAAAGAAUUCCUCAUCUGUGCUCUUUGAAUAAUGUAUUGUACAAUUUAGGGUGCACCGAAGACUCUCCAUUUCCCCCCUCAACAAUUCCCCAACUAAUUCCUUGGUAGAGGUUGUUCAGAGUCUCAUAUUAUAGCAAAAAAAAAAUUAAAUUGCCAAGUUUAAGAAUCUUUCUAAAUAUUCAUGAGAUUCCAAAGAACAUAUGUCUUGACAUUUAAAUUGAGAGAAACCUGAGCAUUUUAUGAUGAAAUAAUUUGGGGAGGAAAUAUUUGUACUUUCAAGAAAACAGAAAUAUGUUUUGUGAAGUGUUGUAGAAAUGUAAACUAUCAUUAUGAAGAAAAUAGAAAUCAGAUUGGGGCCACAGGAAUUGGAGUCCAAUAAUUUAGGAUCAAAUCUUACUCUGUAAGUUAAACCUAUCUAACCUCUACUAUGACCUUCUGAGCCUUAGUUUCCUCACAAAAAUGAAAGGGUUAAACCAUAUCUGUGGUUCUUAAAGUGUGGUCUUGGGACUCCUGGGGUCCUCAAGACCCUUUCAGGAAAUCCCUGAGGUCAAAACAAUUUUCAUAAUAAUACUAAGACAUUUUCAUUUCAAUUUCAGUAGAUAUCAGUGGAUAUAACCAGCAGGGUGCUGGCACCAGCCCAAACCAGCUCUCAGGAGUUGAUUGUUAAAUUUCUAGUGUGACUACUUACAUCCUGGCAAUCAAUAAAUGCUACAAACCAGGGAUUGAGCUAUUGCUUCAUUGGUUAUUUAGAGUUAAGAAAGUGAUGGAGAAAAUGUUUAUAAUUCAAAUUAAACUUUAAAGUGUGCAGUGUGAACAUUUCCUUUUUCUGGAGAUCUAGUUAUUUAUUGGCACGCCAUGAAUAUAAUUGACCUAAACAAAAGAUUUGGGGGUAGGGGGUGUGGGAGGCUCAAUUUUUAAGUGUAAAAGAGUUUUGAGGUCAAAAUUUUGAGAACUGCUGGAUUAGAUGAGUUUCAAAAUCUUUUCUAGCUUGAGAUUGCUAGGAUUCCAACAAUUACCAUCCCCUGGAACAUUCUCAGAUAUCCAUUCUAAGACCAUACGAAGUUUAAUGUUUCUAUGCAAAUGAUAGGGUCUGGCUUUUCAUGUUAUUACCAAAUAUAUCUAUAAUUGUUGAGGACAUCUCCUAACAUUUAUACACAUACACACAUAUAUGCAGACAUUUACAAUAUAUAUAUCUUCACACAGAUUUAUUGAAAUUCACUGGCAGCUUAAAAAUAAUUACCUGGGGCUUGACAAAUCAGGGUUAAGUCUCUGUGAUUAUGAGUAAGUCAUUUACCACCCCCAACCCCCCACUGCAUACCCACACCAGGACCCUGAGUUUCUUUUUCCUCAUUGGUCAAAUGAGGAGGUUAGACUAGAAGAUUUCUAAGGCUCAUUCCAGCUCUAAAUACUAAAAUUUAACUUUUUUUUUAAAACCAGUGAAACUACACUACAAUUAUGCUGAGUCAGUGUGAUAAAAUGUUUUCAUCUUUUAAGAAUUAUUCUCUGUCUUAGGGAUUUGAAUUCAGAAGAUUGAAGGACUCUAGAUGUUUGGUUAAGAAGUUAAAUUAUUGCCCCUAAAGGAAGAGAAUGUGUUUUCCAAGUGGAAGGAAAUCAGAUAACUUGUGAGCUGUUCCCAAGAAUGGACCCAAAGGCAAUCAAUAACCAAAAACAUUUAUUAAGUGCCUGUUGUGUGCCUGACACUAUGCUAGGUAAUGAGGAUACAAACAGAAAAUGGCCUGUGCUCUCAAGAAACUAUUUGAAAAACAUGCCAUUUAAGUCCUUAAAUUUGUAUCUGCUUUGGCUAUUAAAACAAUGAGUUUUAUUUUUUAAAUUAAAAGCUGAUGUAUAAAAGAAAAAAUUAAAGAAACUUUUUUUAAACCCUUACCUUCUGUCUUGGAGCCAAGGCAGAAGAGUGGUAAGGGCUAGGCAAUGGGGGUUAAGUGACUUGCCCAGGGUCACACAGCUGGGAAAUGUCUGGGGACACUUUGAACCUAAGAUCUCCCAUCCCUAGGUCUGGAUCUCAAUCCCCUGAACCCCCUAGCUGCCCCUUAGGAACUCUUUUGAAUAAGCUAAAACCUGCCUUUUCUAAUAGGGGCUCUGUGAGGAAAACAUUUAUUGAGAUAUGCAAAUAUCCACAGAGAGCAUACUUUUCCUCCAGGAAUAUAUUUCUCUUGAUUUUUGUUUCACAGCAAGAAUAUUUCCUUGAAAGGUAUGGUUUAUGCAUCGAGUUGUGGCUUUUCCAUGGGGUGAUCUCUGAUCCUUUGACUGUGAAGUAGCAAAGAAAAGUCUCUAUUCACUUUUAGGACAUUUGAUCUGCUUUUGAAAGGGUUGUAACUUGGGUUUUUUACUUUGUCCUCCAAAAGCCUUGAUUAAGAAUCAUUUAAUGCUGGGUGACAGACACUUCAUAUUAACCGAUCAGCUAAAAGGCUUUUUCUUUUCCACCUAAGAAGCAGAUAAACAAUCACAGGAUAUCUGUGCAUGCUCAUCAAACAUUCACAUAUGCCCCAUGUGCAUCUCCCUACCCUCAACAUAUUCCAGGGUACGGAUUCGAAUCUUUCCAAUGCUGUAAAACUCCCCUCCAGUCUGUGUAAAGAAGCCUUCCAACUAUCAGAAGCCAAAUUCCCUUUCUUGGAGGAAUAUUACAGCUUUGGUAUUUCCCUCAAAUAAAGCAUCAUGAUAAGUAGAGAUUGCAUCAUAGUAAUUAAUUAAUGGAAAGACAUUUCUUAGGCUUUUACUCCAUGUAAGUCCUGGGGAUACAAGUAGAACAUCAAGAGAGUCCCUGCACUCAAAGACGGCUCUUUCAGUUGCAAGUCAGAUGGAAAAGCCCAGUGCUCAUUAGGAUACAGCAGCCAAACAGAAAAUGAUGCAAAUUCUUUAAUAUCAUUUCCAUGAAUAAAACCAUCUUGGUCUCUAACGUGGAACAUUAGGAUUUAAGAGAAGGAUUGAAGUGACACAAACUUUCUGUCCCGGGUCUUAAGUGAUUAUGGCUACCAGAAGGGACGACAGCACUGCAGAGAACACCAGUAGGUCCCACCUAUGAGAGGUGCUUCCCUGGACUGUGGGUGCUGCUAUUGCCAGGGGUCUGGGCUGUCUCCAGCAGGGUCUAAGGAGAGGCGUUGGCUAUGGUUUGACGUUUGUGGCUCUCGCCACUUCCUCUUGCUGUUUGAGCAUGGCUAGCUUGUCCACUGUGGUGGUGAAGGUGACCAAUGGGUGUCAGCGGUAACUGAUCAGGAUGGUGAAAUGAUCUGCCUCAUCCUAAAAAAGUUUAUUUUAUCAAUGAGGCACUUAUUAUUCCCCAGAAUAUGCAUCUUCAGAUUUGAUACUUCAAUGCUUAGUAUAUCUCUGCCUUUAGAGGGUGAGAACUUCCACCCCUUAUAUACAUUUAUUCAGUCAUUUUCAGUCUUUGUAACCCUAUUUGGGGUUUUCUUGGCAGAGAUACUGGAGUGGCUCACCAUUUCCUUCUCCAGCUCAUUUGACAGAUGAGGAAACUGAGGCAAACAGAGUUUAAAUGACUUGACAGGGGUCACACAGCUAGUGUCUGAGGCCAAAUUUGAACUCAGGAAUAUGAGUCCUCCUGAAUUCAGGCUCAGCUCUCUAUCCACUGUGAGACCUGUGAAACUGCCCGAUAUAUUGCACACACGGCACCCUCUUUAUUCCUUCCAUUCCAGCAAAUGGUGUUACACCAUGAAUCUUCCAAAAGGGAAUCAGCCCAGGACACUGGAUAUUGGUGCAAUACUUGGUAUCCAUCUUUCUGCAUUCUCUAUUGCUAGGACACUGACCAUCAUCUUCAUAUAGUUUGGAGAAAACACCAAUCAGGGUGGAUAACCUUUUUGGAAUUCCAAAUGAGAGCCUUAAUGAGGUUUUAGCUGGAAGUUGAGAAGAUUCUUUUGCAAGAAGUUAAAUGGAUGGAUGGCAUCCCUGAGAUGCAUUCGUAUGACUUCAGCAUUCUCUUCUGGUAAAGAUGAGGCUCAGAGAGGAAAAACUCUUGAAAUCACUCCCCAACACUAUUAUCCAGUGACACCAGCCUCCUUGCUGUUUCUUGCACAGUCUUGAGGCUUCGGGCAUUUUCCCUGACAGUUCCCCAUGCCUGAGAUACUUUCUUCACCUCCACUUCCCCAUCUCCCUGGCUUCCAUGAUAUCUUCAGCUAAAAUCCCUCUGAGAAGACUUUCCUGGGGAUCUCCCUUAAUGCUAGUGCCUUCCUUCUUUGAUUGUCUCCAAUUUAUCCUGAAGAAGGCUUGUCUCUUGUCCAUGGCUGUUGGCAUGAUGUCUCUUUCUUCACUGGCCUCUUGGAAAGCUGGAACUCUCCUUGGCUUUGCUUUGUAUUCCCAGCUCUUAGCAUGGUGCCUGGCACCUAGCAAAUGCUUAAUAAACACUUAUUGGCUGACUGACUAAAGUAAAGGAUCAAAAGGCAGAGUGGGGAGAAAAAGGUUAAUUUCUGACUUUUCCCUCCUCUCUCCUCCUAUAUGUGAUCCCUUAUAACAGAAUAAAAAAAAAGAGAGAGAAGAAAAAGCAGCUCAACCAAACCAGGGAGUGGGUUCUCUAAAAAGCGUCUUUCUUUGGGUGUAUUGGUGACCUAUAUCUGUCUGCCUGGUAUACCAAGUUUCCAGGAAUGAAGAGAACUUUAUAUGAUUAUCUUAAGUUCACAGCAUACUUAAAACAUAGAUUCUCUUCCCUCACCCUUCCUUCCCUCUCCAAUCAAUCAAACCUUAGGUUUGCACUUAGGUCCCUUGCACUACCUAUGUGACAUUGGUCCUCCCUCUGUUAUCCUUUAUCAGACAAAGUUUGCCAUCUGUAAAAAAGAGGAGGGUUGGAUUAGAUGACCAGAUAAGUCCAUUCCAGCUCCAAUUCUUCUGUUUUACAGUGGCUAAGAUGUUCUCCCACAUUAUCUUUGUCCUUCAGAAUACAACCAUCCAAGAUAGACAGAGUAGGGGAUAGAUUCCUUGAGGAUACAAGAAAGGUUGGCUUCAGAUCUCUUCUUAGUAACUAGUAGGCAAGUGGCCAUGGGCAAGAGAAGUAGCCUCAGUUUUCCUAACUAUAAAAUGGGGAUAAUAAUAGCACUCAUUUCACAUAAUUCUGUGGAUCAAAUUUCAUAAUCAAAGAGCUUUGCAAAUCUGAAAGGACUAUAUACAAGUGAACAAUUAUUAUACCAUCCCUAUUUUUAACUUGCCUAAGAUCACACCACAAAUUUGAGUGGUAAACUGGUUGCCAGAUGCUGAUGCCACUCUUCCUCCCACUACCCUGAAAUUUAUUUGACACUGUUCUAGAGGAUUAAGACAAACCCAGCAUAUGUUGGAGGCUUGGUACUUGAUUGGGCUUUAGGAGUACAUGAAGUAUAAGGAACAACAUCAGGUAGUGACAUAUGAGAAGUGCAUCACAAUGUUAGAACUAGAAGGGACUUUAGAGGCCAUUAAAUCCAAUUUCUACAUUUUAUGGCUGAGAAGAUUGAGGCACAGAGAGUGACUUGCUCAGGAUCAUCCAGCUAGAGACUAUCUGAGGCAGAAGACACACUCAAGUUUCCCAGACUCUAAGUCCAGCAUUCUACAAAGUAUGUCACUAGCUGACUCCCUUUUAAGUAAUGCUGUCACUUUACUUUUGCUGUUUAUUUUUCUCCCUUCUUUUUAUAUUUCCUUUAUGUUUGUUUCACUGUCUGCUGUAAACAUCCCAAUAAUUCGUGUCUAGUUUUAAAAUUAAAUGAAGUGGACAUUUGGCACAAACUGUUCCUCUAGCCCUCCCUUCCACUGAGUCUGUUGAAACUGCUUGUGGAAGAGACUGUGGGGUGAUUGGUGUGUGUAUGUGUGUGUGUAUGUGUGUGUGUGUGUGUGUGUGUGUGUGUGUGUGUUGUUUUUCCAGGAAAAGUCUCAGCUUUGAAAUGUACCUACUGUAAACACAGUACCAGAACUGCAUGAAAACUGGUGCUUUUUACUUUGUGAUGUGUACGAGGCACCAUUGCAGAAAUACUUUUCGAUAACUGCUUUGUUGCUUUUUUUUAAAUAAUAAAAAUGUGACAUGUUGCUGUGUGA